GCUCGGCCUGCCAUUUGAGACACGGGGUCUGUACUUCAGAGACAAAGGCGAACUGAAGAAGGGGAGAAGGAAAGAAAACUGAAGAGGAAGAUAAUCGAUAAAAAGAAUCCUCCAUCCCAGUUCACAUGGCAGUGCCGGGGGAUGACUAAUGGCCUUCAGGUCAGGGCUGUCUGUGUGACAACGACACCUUAAAAGACAGCAGCAGACACUUGUGAGUAGAGAAGAGUUUCACACAAAACAUGGAGUUAGCCAAACAGGAGGGCAGGGGUGAAAGACUGGAGCACAUUAAGCAAGAAGACUGUGAUUGCAGUGCACCACAAUAUUUGUGUGGGAAGGUGGAGGAUUGUGAAAGAAGAAUUUCAGUUUUUAAAGAGGAGGAGUGCAAGGAGAAGAUUAUAGAAAUUAAAGUUGAGAAAUCAGAAGAUGUGUCCGUUAAUCUUGAACUGCAAAAGCACCAAACUGGGAAUAUGUCUAAGGAAGAUGUCUGUGAAGAAUCGCAUUGCCGUUCACAGCCUUCGUUCACUAAUAUGGGACAACUGACCACCCAGCAGAAUUCUAUAGAGUUGAAAUCUGAGCUAAGUGAGUGUGAAGAGAAAAUCAGUGAAGGAAUUGAGAAAGGAGCAGAUGAACAGAAUUCACCUAGGAGUAUGGGAAGAAAUUUAUGUGUGAAUGUCAGCUUCUGUCCAUCUUCAGCUGCUCAGCCCCUUCUUGCCUGCAAACUGGAACAGAAACAAGACAAUGAGAUGAUGAAUAAAUCAACAACAGGAUUGGAGAAUUUGGCAACGGCCUCUUUCCAGUGUAGUUCUCUUUUUUCAAGAGAACCUGUGAAAUCUGACCAAGAACAAGCACAUAACACAGAUCAAGAAGCUUUGUGCGCUGGUCAAGCAUGUGGAGAAAAUUUUAAAAAGAAGUCUGAAUGUAAAGAUAAGUCAGUUCAUUCAAAACCAAAGCCAUAUUGCUGUUCUGGAUGUGGCAAAAGUUUCCUCUUUAAUUACAACCUUCAAAUGCACAUAAGAAGUCAUACUGGAGAAAAGCCGCAUUCUUGCUCUUAUUGUGGCAAAAGAUUUAGCCAACUUAGCAAUCUUCAUACUCACACAAAAAAUCAUACUGGAGAAAAGCCACAUUGCUGUUCUGAAUGUGGCAAAACAUUUAUCCAUGUUUCAGAUCUUCAGCGUCACACAAGAAUUCAUACUGGAGAAAAGCCAUAUUGCUGUUCUGAAUGUGGCAAAAGUUUCCUCUUUAAUUACAAGCUUCAAAGGCACAUAAAAAUUCAUAAUGGAGACAAGACAUAUUGCUGCUCUAAAUGUGGCGACAUAUUUAACCAGUUUAGUGGUCUUCGGAGUCACACAUGUGUUCCUACUGGAGAAAAGCCAUAUUGCUGUUCUCAGUGUGGCAAAAAAUUUAGCCAGAAUAGGAGUCUUCGGAAUCACACAAGAAUUCAUACUGGAGAAAAGCCAUAUUGCUGUUCUGAAUGUGGUAAAGGAUUUAGCCAGAAUAGGAGUCUUCAGAAUCACACAAGAAUUCAUAAUGGAGAAAAAAUGUAUUGCUGCUCUGAAUGUGGUAAAAAAUUUCACCAGAUUAGCAAUCUUCAGAGUCACAAAAGACUUCAUAGUGGAGAAAAGCCGUAUUGCUGUUCUGAAUGUGGCAAAAGAUUUAGCCAGGUUACAAAUUUUCAAAAUCACACAAGAAUUCAUACUGGAGAAAAGCCAUAUUGCUGUUCUGUUUGUGGCAGGAGCUUUGCUCAGAUUAGCAAUCUUCACACACACACAAGAAUUCAUACCGGAGAUAAGCGAUAUAGCUGUUCCGAAUGCGGCAAAAGAUUUGUUCAGAGUAGCAGUCUUAAGAGUCACGCAAGAAUCCAUUCUGGAGAAAGGCCCUGAAAGGAGUAUGUUAGAGGGGUGAAGAAGCAGAAGGAAGAAAGAAUGGAAGAAAAAGUCACCUUUCCAGUUACUCAAGUGUUGAGUACUUUCACGUGGUGGGCUUCAUUGUAAAAUAUCUAUACCAAACCUUAUCAAAGUGAAGCUACUAUUAUAGUAGGAAAGGUUUUUAACAGAACAAACCACAAAAAUGAAGCUUGAGCUAGAAAUGAAGAUGACUGGACACAGUCCAGUGGUCACUUGAAGAUAAAGAUGAGUUUGUGUACUGUGACUUUUAUGCAACAAAUCCCAAAUUUCUGACUAGAAGAUUUGCGAAGAGGGUUUGUACAAAACCAGAAUCCUAGAAAGUAGUAUCAGUUUCCAAAGUAAAUUAAACAAAAAAACUGAUGCAAACCUAAGAUUACUAAUAUGCAUGAUUAAAGAAAGAGAGCAAAUAAGCCAAGAAAGAUUAGAAUAAUUAUCAAAGCAGAAAAAGUAGAAGUUAUACAGGAAUAAUGGCAAGACCUCUGGGUCAUGAGAAUUGAAUGGGCAAUGACCUGGGAGGAAGAGAAGAGGAGAGAUCUCGUAUGGUGUGGCAUCUACACAAAUAUAAAAGUAUCAGCCACCGAACAGUAAAAAAAGAGGAAACAGACAUAGUUGAAAACCGACUCGGAACUAAACAUCCAAAUAUGAACAGCAACACAAACAGAAUGCUUACUACUCAGAAAUGCAAUGUAUUUAAAAGUAGCCGAUUCUAAAAACAAAGAUAUGCAAAUAAUAAAGGAAGUAGUUUUGAAAGAAUUAAGAAUGGAAGGAAUUGAGGGGCAACAGCCUGAAAGUGACAACAAGGAACUGUGUGCCACAGAAACUGACAAGGACCCCAAGAGAAGUUAACUCCAAAUAUUCAAGAUGCAGAACAGCCAGACAUAGAAAAAACUACAAAAACACCAACAAAAAAUCGACAAAAUACCAAAAAGGAUAAGACAUCUGAAGAGCAUACCCUGAAAGAAUCAGAAAAGGUACCGUCAAUAGAGGAAUAAAGAAAUUAAGGAAAUCAAGGAAGAGCUGCUGGACCUUGUUGAUGUGGACAAACCCACAGAUAUCUAGAGAAGAGAGAGGUGACCAAGAAUAUCAAUAAACAUCACCACAACGCAGUGUUAGAGCUGAGGUCAAAUACUAUGUAAAUAAAGUCAUCAGCCUAAAACUAGCAGAGCAGAAGAAUAUUAGGAUAAGGAAAAUCAGCAAAACUACAUUCCUCCAUGGGUGAAACAAAUUGAGGGGUUUAUUUAACCAAAGCCGACAUGGAAGAGGUAAUGUCUUAGCUAAAAUACGACAGCUGAAACUACAGUACUGUAUUUCAACACAGGGGGACUCGAACUUCACAAUAGCAAAACAACAAACUCAAAAUCCUUGCAGAAAUUCAGAAGCUAAGAAGGUGCAAACAAAAGCGAAAGGAAAAUAGCAAAACAGAUUAUUCAGGGACAAGGCACAAAUGUGUUGUAGAGCGUUGGGUGGGGACACAGUGGAAGUAACUACACCACCAGAGAAAAACAGAUGUUGAAACACUCUGUGCUCUUGGGCAUCCUCAUGUAUGUUUCUCCAAUCAAGAAAGCGGACUGGUUAGGAAAAAUCCAGAAAGACAUAAAAACAAAACAAUGACGGGAAUGGAUUGGCCUCGGUAGCUACUGAGAAAUGGUAAACACACUUAAAUCUGCUGCUAACUGGAGGACACCCAGCCCUGAUGCCUUAACAGACUUUUGGCUCAAACAACUGACAGCACUGCAGCAGGACAUGACUAAAUAUAAAAAGUCAUCCAUGCAGGAGCCACAGAGGACACCACAGUGCCUCACUACUGGAACAACACUUCUAAUUUCAAAAUCAGGCCCAACCAAUGAAACAAAACACUACCGCCCUAUACCUUUCCUAUCCACAGUUUAUAAACUCUUCAAAACAAUUGAUAAGAGAAUUCAUAGUCACCUGGAAGACAACACCAUAACGGCAGCAGAAGAUAAAGUUAACAAACAAUCAUCAUAAGGAACAAAAGACCAGCUAUUGAAGAGAGCUGUGAUGGAGUGCUGCACAAAGGGAAGAAGCCUGAGUGUUCCUUGGGUGGGUUACAAGAAAGCCUUUGACAGCCUGCCACACUCGUGGAUACUCCGAUGUUUGGAACUGCACAAAAUCCACCCUGCUCUCAUAACAUUCAUUUCCACCACCAUGAACCACUGGCAGACACACUUGCAGCUCCACCAAAACAAAGGAAAGAUUACAAUUCCAAAUAUACAAACCAAAAAAGGAAUUUACCAGGGAGAUUCGCUUUCACCAUAGAUUUAAUGCCAGUGCCAACAGUAGUGAAGCACCCUUCUCAGUAUCCUUUGUCAUGGAUUCAACAUCAGCACCCAGAACCAGCCAGACCCCCUGAUUGUCGCACAUCUUCUGUUUUUGGAUGAUUUGGGAGUAAAUGAAGUUGAAGAAAACAAUCAUAAAGAAUUAUGGAGGAAAACUGCAAAAGAAUACAUUUGUCUUACAAGGAUGAUACUCAGACCUUCCCAUAUGGCACACGAUAAAAUCCAGGCAGUAAACCAACUAGCCAUCCCCAUCCUCUUACAGCUUUAGUAGCAUAGGCUGGCCACAAAAUGACUUGCAUAACCUGAACAUACGUGUUAAGUGUAUAAUUAUGGUAAAUCUACUAAGACUGAGUUAUUGUUGUUGUUCCCUUUAAGACAAUGUGUCUUCCUUGUAGG